GUCAUCAUGGUGCUGGCGGAAUUUAUCUUUUGGCGAAUGCACGCGUUGUUUUCAAGCGUCCAUUCGCAACACCUUGAUGGUCUGUCAGACACACAAGCAAAACCACAUUGCGUCUACGUUGUGCGCUGAUUGACUGCGUAUUUCCUUUUUGAGUCGAGUCUUGUCGGUUGUGGAGUGUCCUAUCUUGUUUAACUGGCUGAGGGUUUGAUCAGCUGAAGAUUGGGAAGACGUUUAGUUGGCUGCAGCGACACACCGAUCGAGUGCAGGAGCUGAGGAACGUCAGCGACUGUACUUCAAGAAGGGAAGUGCAUACAGUAUCUGGAAGCGACUCGGACACGUAUUGCACCUUUUUCACUCUCCAUUCAUAUCUCGCAACUUCGACCUAUUGGCAAACUUCUACCAUGGAGUCAUCAGCCUACCAAGCCGACGCUCUUCCAGCCUCGCCGUUACUUCGUCUUCCUUUUGAGAUUCGUCUCAUGAUAUACGAGUACCUACUUCUACCCUCGACGACCCCCACGACCGGAAACGGAACGUCAGUCGCAAACUUGAUACCCGACUUUCACACAUACCUUUCAGACGAUACGAACAAUGAUGCUUUUACAUUGAGCGUACGAACCAUGGAUCCAUGGCUAGGGUCACAAGGUCCGAAGACGUGGAGACGAAGGAGUACAUACCAUAUCAGAACCGGCCCCUUCUUGACAACCACAACACCAACAACCUACCGCGUCCUCCUCUCGCCCUACACAUCACACCUCCGCUACACCGUCCCCUCGCUCCUAUCCUUGAACCAACAAAUCCACGCCGAAGCGAGCAAAAUCCUCUACUCAACCUACACCUUCGCCUUCCACACCAGCAUCGAAGCCGCAGUACCCUUCCUCUCUGACCUGACGCCCAGAAGCCGAGCGUCCAUACGGCAUAUAAGCAUAACGAAAAAGGCAUUGCCAUACAGCAAAGAAUUCGAUCGCGCAGAAUGGGCAAGUCUAUGCGAAUACCUCGCUACGCCGUCUUCUCCCGUAGAAGAAGGCUCAGAUGCAGCAGUACCUCCAAUCUCCCUGCGCACCCUAGACCUGAACGUCAUAUCCGGCAAACCAGACCACGGCUGGGACGCCAUCGCCCCCAUCACACCCUCUGACUUCGAUACCAUGCUACGCAUGAAGAACGAAUGGCUCGGUGGGAACGGCGAUUUCGGCGGCGUGGAUCUAGAGUGGGUGGAGCAGGUGAUGGCGAUUAGAGGGUUGCAGGGGAUUAAUGUCAAGGCGAUGGUGGAGAGGUGUGCGAGUCCUGUUAGUGAGAAGCAGGCGUUUUGGAUUGCGUUUAGUAAGAGUGUUGAUGAGGGGGGGUUUGGGGCGUGGGUUAGGGGGAGGAUGAUAUGAUGAGUAGAAUGGGUAUGAUGAAGAUGUGUAGGUUAUGAUUGGGUUUGCGGGAGUAGGUGGUUUCUUGGAUUGAGUUCAGAAUGCAUAAAUUGAUCAGUCACCCUGGACUCUCACCCUAUCCCACCAUUCCCUCACAUGUAUCCACCAAUUCCUCGUCAUAUCAUCAACAAACCACACAGGACACAUGGCUGAUCGGUAAAGCACCCGCACACAAAUACCUAGCGAACGCACGCUUAACGUAGUUCCGGCACGGGGCUGGUUCUAGCUCUGAUCAAGCACCGACUUUGUUGUCCUGUCGCUAAAGGGCUAUUGACGGCAACGUCGAGCCCUUUCAGUCGCCAGGAAUGCUCUUUACUGAGUAUCAGAGUCCGGUCGUUGGGCGUGCGAAAAGCCUGGCGAACUUAGUACU